AUGUGGAAGCCGUCUAGAAAGAUUAGAGACUUUCUGUAUCGAAGUACAUUUGCUCUGUUUACAUUGUUACUAAUACUGUUUUCGGCAGUCUUACCAAUUGAUACCAUUGCUCAAGCUGCAGAAUCUGAAAAUAAUGCAUUUAACACAUUUAUUGUAGUCGGUGCAUUAGUCGUAUUUGUUGUAGUGUGUGUUACAUUACUUGUAGGUAGGAUAUUAUACUAUAGAAGUUGUUUAAUAGAUAUACCGAGAAGGUAUUUACCGAUAACGCCUGCUGAUCUACCUCACGAAGAGAGUCGAGAAUUCAUUGUUAACUCUAUGGAAAGAUCAAAAAAAUUGACUGUUUUAUUUAAUACUCCACAGGAACCUGUGAUACACGCAGGGUUAGAACCUCCUAGGCGAUGUGAUAUCCCCAACUAUGAUAAGAUAUUUCCAGAAUAUCUAGAUUACAAAGCCGCAAUGAAAUCUAUUAGAAGUAAAUUCAAAUAUACAGGUGUGUUUUUACCUGUGUCGAAGACAAGAGCAGAUAUUGAUGAAACCAUUUCAGACCUGAUGAACUCCAAUUAUAUUAAAAAUGAUUACUCUGAUAAAGAGGAAACAAUAAAGGCAAAAAGAUUUAUACAACUGUAUGAAUAUUGUACAUUUUCAGGAGAAGACGUCACACGGGAACAGUUUCUAGAAUUUGUUGAGCUGUAUAUAUAUUUUGCCGAUACAAUAACGUCAUCACUUUCCAAUGCCAAUAUUUCCAAUUCGAAUGAAAGUUUGCAACUGAAGGAUUCAGAAUCCGUUGUUCAUGCAAAUACUACAAGCAGUGGCUAUACACAUACCACCAAUAAUGAGAAUGAAAAGUCCCAUGAAAAUUAUGGUGUUGAUAAUAACCGCGACAAAAAUAUUAGAUAUGAUGUGAUGGAUGAACCAAACAGUGCUUAUGAGUUAUCAUUAAAUGCCAACGAUGAUAACAGUAAUUACACUCCAUAUUUCCCAGCAUCUAAUAAUCUAAAUUUACAAACACUCGAAAGUGCUCCAUCAAUUCACUCAACUCGUAGGAGGGUUCAAAAUAGAAACCAAGAUAAUAUAAGUGAAUAUUCUGUUAGUUCACCCAAAAAUGAUAGUCAUAGUUCUGUAAUUCACAGAUAA